UCCGAUCCAACGAGGCAGGGGAAUGCCCAAUCGGGUACGAAAGAACAACGCCUAAAUGGGGGGCCCGCCGGGGCCCAACACGUGCGCACCUGCGAGGGUCCUGCAAGCAAACAUACACCAUGCGGCAGCCGCCACGGCCAUUGUCGAGAGCCAGCUUGCAGGACACGUCGACCUCGCACUACUACAAGAACCCUGGGUGCGGAACUCAGACAUACUAGGACUAAAAUCGGUUGGUAAAGUUUUGUACAAUACUAAUGGAAUAAAGCCUAGGGCAUGCAUUGUUUUUAGCAAGAACAUUGACUUUCUACCUGUUCCAGAGUUAUGCACAGACGACCUGGUAGCAGCGUAUGUAAAUCUCAAGGGAUGGAGUGGGCGGAGGGUCAUACUCUGCUCGGCAUACCUCCCUGGUGAAAAGCAAGACCCCUCUGCGGAUCUAAAUGCAGUGGCGGAAUACGCCCGCAGACACAACGCAGAACUGCUGGUGGGAUGCGAUGCAAAUGCUCACCACACCAACUGGGGGAGCACGGACAUUAAUGAUAGAGGUGAGUUAUUACACGACUUCCUUCUAUGCUAUAACUUCCAAAUUCUAAACUUAGGGUGUGAACCAACCUUUGUCACUAGGGUCAGGAAGGAGGUUUUGGAUCUGACUUUUGCAUCCGUAAAUCUAGCCAGGUACAUUCAGAACUGGAGGGUAAGUGAUGUGGAAUCUCUGUCAGACCACAAACAUAUAUGUUUCAACAUAUCUUUUUCUCUUAGCGUACAGACUUGCACCUUCAGAGAUCCUCGGCGGACGGACUGGGAGGGCUACAACAACAGCCUGGAGCGAAACCUGGACUCAGUAAUGAAGGUAAUCAAAACGAAAGAGAGUUUGGAGCUUGCGGUAGAGGUAAUCUCAAAUGGCAUUGUUAGGGCCUUUGAAGAUAACUGUGCUCCCAAGUUCAAAUCAACCAAACGUCAUGUCCCUUGGUGGAAUUCCAAGCUGAAGAAACUCAGGGGCAAGACGCGGAAGUUAUUCAAUAGGGCUAAAAGAACGAACGACUGGGAGACAUAUAGGAAAGCCCUAAAUGAAUACAGCAAAGAGAUUAGGAAAGCCAAGAGAGCAUCAUGGAGGAGGUUCUGUGAGGAAAUUGAAAAUACACCUCAGGGAGCGAGACUUCAUAGGCUACUCUCGAAGGCUAGGACUAGUCAGGUUGGCCUACUGAAAAGGCAGGAUGGCUCCUACACUACAAAUGAAUUGGAGACGUUGGAGCUUUUAGUCGAAACUCACUUCCCAGGAGCAGCUUUGUCAAACAGUUCAAGGGUUAGCGAGAGCCUGCAUAGGCCUCGUCCUGAAGACUGGAGGCAGGCUGCCACUGUUAUAAGGCCGGGGAUAGUGAGGUGGGCUAUAAACUCUUUCAAAACAUUCAAAACGAGCGGUCUGGACGGAGUAAGCCCUUUAUUAUUAUAA